AUGGCUGAAUGGCUUCGUCAGAGAGUGGCUGCACAGAGGGUCGAAACGGAGACCACGCUAAAAUGGAUACGAGGAAAGCAAAAUACGCUGGAGGCGACCAUGUUCCUUGCCAAGCAGACGGCCGUGGCAGUGGUGCGAUUAUUUCGCACUCGCUGGGCGCCGUCUUUGAGGGACAAUGAACACCUACUGCUUUGGGCCCAGUAUGGAUACGAUUGUCGCCCGACAGGACUGGAAUGUGGCAGCCUCGCAGCGUCCGAGACAGUCGGCCCUGCUCCGUGA